GGGGAGGAGGUUGGCAAAUCCAGGGGACGCCAGGAAAAGGAAGUUCCGGGACCCUCCCUGCUCUGGGCCCACCUCCGCUUCCUGCCUCAUGCCUCACCUUGUCCCCAGCGCCUGGACUCCCCCUAACUGCUUGGGAAAUGUGACCUUAACUCUGGGGGGCUUGGCUCUCAGCCCCAACCUUCCUUCCUCGGGUCCUUUGAGCCUCUGAACCCACCUUUCCCCAGGCCAGGCUCUGGAAACUGGCUCCUGGGACUGUGCUCUGGGCACAAGUGGGCACCUGCGCCAGCCCCACCUGUGCUUGGGCUGCGGCCCUUCCCCACAGGGCGCUCACCAUGGCCCCGCCGCUCCUACUGCUCCUGCUGGCCAGUGGAGCAGCUGCUUGCCCACUGCCCUGUGUCUGCCAGAACCUGUCGGAAUCGCUCAGCACCCUUUGUGCCCACCGAGGCCUGCUAUUUGUGCCACCCAACGUGGACCGGCGCACAGUGGAGCUGCGGCUGGCUGACAACUUUAUCCAGGCCCUUGGGCCACCGGACUUUCGCAACAUGACAGGGUUGGUGGACCUGACGCUGUCUCGCAAUGCCAUCACUCGCAUUGGGGCCCGCGCCUUUGGGGACCUGGAGAGCCUUCGCUCUUUGCACCUGGACGGCAACAGGCUGGUGGAGCUGGGCAGUGGCAGUCUGCGGGGCCCGGUCAACCUGCAGCACCUCAUCCUCAGCAGCAACCAGCUGGGCCGCAUUGCACCAGGGGCCUUCGACGACUUCCUGGACAGCCUGGAGGACCUGGACCUGUCCUACAACAACCUCCGGCAGGUACCCUGGGCUGGCAUCGGUGCCAUGCCUGCUCUGCACACCCUCAAUCUGGACCACAACCUCAUUGACGCGCUGCCACCAGGCGCCUUUGCCCAGCUGGGUCAGCUUUCCCGCCUUGACCUCACCUCCAACCGCCUGGCCACACUGGCACCGGAUCCGCUCUUCUCCCGAGGGCGGGAUGCAGAGGCCUCUCCUGCCCCCCUCGUGCUGAGCUUCAGUGGGAACCCCCUGCACUGCAACUGUGAGCUGCUGUGGCUGCGGCGGCUGGCCCGGCCUGAUGACCUGGAGACCUGUGCCUCCCCACCAGGCCUGGCUGGCCGAUACUUCUGGGCUGUGCCAGAGGGCGAGUUCUCCUGUGAGCCGCCCCUCAUUGCCCGUCAUACACAGCGCCUGUGGGUGCUGGAGGGCCAAAGGGCCACAUUACGGUGCCGGGCCCUUGGUGACCCUGCGCCCACCAUGCACUGGGUUGGCCCUGACGACCGGCUGGUUGGCAAUUCCUCCCGCGCCUGGGCUUUCCCCAAUGGGACCCUGGAGAUUGGGGUGACAGGUGCUGGGGAUGCUGGAGGCUACACCUGCAUUGCCACCAACCCUGCUGGUGAGGCCACGGCCCGUGUGGAGCUUCGGGUGCUGGCCUUACCCCAUGGUGGGAACACCAGUGCUGAGGGUGGCCGCCCUGGGCCCUCGGACAUUGCUGCCUCAGCUCGAACUGCUGCAGAGGGCGAGGGGACUAUGGAGUCUGAGCCAGCUGUGCAGGUGACAGAGGUGACUGCCACCUCAGGGCUGGUGAGCUGGGGCCCAGGGCGGCCUACUGACCCCGUGUGGAUGUUCCAAAUCCAGUACAACAGCAGUGAAGAUGAGACCCUCAUCUAUCGGAUUGUUCCAGCCUCCAGCCACCACUUCCUGCUAAAGCACCUGGUUCCUGAUGCUGACUAUGACCUCUGCCUGCUGGCCCUGUCGCCUGCCAUUGGGCCCUCCGACCUCACAGCAACUAGGCUGCUGGGCUGUGCCCACUUCUCCACACUGCCAGCCACACCCCUGUGCCACGCGCUGCAGGCCCAUGUGCUGGGCGGGACCCUGACUGUGGCUGUGGGGGGGGUGCUGGUGGCUGCCUUACUGGUCUUCACUGUGGCCUUGCUGGUUCGGGGCCGGGGAACUGGGAACGGCCGCCUCCCACUCAAGCUCAGCCACGUCCAGUCCCAGACCAACGGAGGCCCCAGCCCCAUACCCAAGACCCACCCACCACGCAGCCCCCCACCCCGCCCCCAGCGCAGCUGCUCCCUGGACCUGGGAGAUGCUGGUGGGUGCUACGGGUAUGCCAGGCGUCUAGGGGGGGCCUGGGCCCGGCGGAGCCACUCUGUGCAUGGAGGGCUGCUGGGGGCAGGCUGUAGGGGUGUGGGGGGCAGUGCAGAGCGGCUGGAGGAGAGUGUGGUGUGAUGGGUGGGGCAGCUUUCCUGUGCCCUGAGGAAAAAGCAGUGUACCAGCCAGAAGGCCCAGCCUGGGUGGCAGUACCACCCCAGGCCUCUCUGGUUUUUAUCCUCGGUACCUCAGGCUCCCCGUGUUCUUGGUGGGACAGCAGGCCCUUUCCUUGGUUCUGGCCUUCAGACUAAGGUAAAGGAGCAGGUCCCUCCGACAGGUGCUCUGAGCCAUCAAGGUAGAGGCUGCAGCCACCAAGUGGGAUCUUAUUUCUAUUUAUAAUAAAAUUGUUGAGGAUAUCUC